UUACUUCCGGAAGCAAAUGCUACGUACACAUUGCCGGAUUUUCGGAUUUCGCUCUGAAUUCUGAACUGUUGUUUUGUACUUGUGGCUCGCGCAAAAAUACAAUGUUGCAUUUGUUCUUCUUUCGGCGGUAAUUUUGAACACGGCAUGGUUUUGCACCGGUACAAUUUUUUCCCUUACCAGUUGUACGUACGGUGCUGAAUUGUUAAGCACAAUUAGACCGAGAACAAGUACGUACCGGUACAGGUACGACUGGAUCUUUCUUCCAGCAAACUCCAAAAAUUGUCACUCGGUCUGUGGUUCGAGCGUUGCGUCCCACUGAGGGAUAGAAUAGAAAAGCAGAAAGAAAUCAAAUUUCUGGCCUGCGAUGGAAGGGGCACACAAUCUGCCUCGGAGCAGCAGCAGCUCAGUGUCAACGAUGAGCACGGCAUCGGAUAUACAUCCUGAUGUGGAAAUCAGUUGUGAAUUUUCCGCAAACUUCGCUUCAAGGUCCAAUGCUCUCCUUCCGGAUAUGAUCUACGAGGACGAGGCGGAAGGUGCGGUCCUUACGAGUGUGGAGCAACGCGCCAAGGACACGCAGGUUGGGGAGGACGGCUUUCGUCCUGCCGUGAGAGGAGAACGCCCGCUCCUUAGGAUGCAGAGUCUCGGUGUGUCGAAUAAUUCGUUUCGAUCGCGACCGCCGUCGACAAAUUCUCUCGUAAGUAACCGGAAUUCGGUUCAAUCGCAGAGGUCGAAUAGACAUUCUGUCGCAAUUUUACAGGAUUAUAUGCAAGGGCGGGGGUCUUCUAUCGGAAUGCAGAAUUCGUUUCGAUCCCGAGGAUCAUCGAGACGGUCAUCUGAACCCGUCGUCAAGGCUUUCCAAAAUCCCCUGAAAGGAAAAUCAGCCAAUGGUGUGUUCCAAGGAAGGAACCAAAAAGCUAGGACGCUUCUUAGGGAUUUGGGCAAACAGAAAUCCGACUAUUCAUUCAAAGCGGAAACUCUUCGCGACGGCGAUCCAUUCAGGUUCGAAGUAAGCAGACGGCACGGUAAUGGAAAGUUCGACGACAACGCAUCCACAAUCAGUUUUCCCGAGAGUUCCAGUGAUGAAAGCAUCCCGAACAGUGAGGACUACGAAGGAUAUCCCGACGAAGGAUUGCCACUCCUGAAUAAUGACAAAGACUUGUCGGAGCGGAAGUGGAGAGCCCGCAAACUGCUGAAGAAAAAUGAAUGGAAAGCAUGGAAAGAAUUCCUGAAUCCCGUUACUGUUUUACAACACCUCUACGAUUGGUUCAUCCGCUCAACACUAUUGAUAGCGAUUCCAUUCUUCGCCAUUUCCUUCGUCUUGUUUUACUUCUUCGGGAAUCCUUCCACACCAAAUUACAUUCCUGGAGAUGUUUGCUUCUCAUGGUGGUUUGACUUUGCUGGUAAGCAAGAAGUGAUGUACGCCUUCGGUUCAUUUGGAUUCGUCGUUUCGGAUAUUAUAAAUUGAACUAACUUGCCUUUGAUACCUUGGUGCAGGUCGCCAACUAGUCAUGCUUGAACUUUCAAGGUUUUCUCAAGCCAUCCUAGUCGAUGGCCUGAUUCGUAGGAAAAAGGGAUUUUCGAAGCUUAUGGGCCCAUGGGUGACCGUGUAUUUUCAUCAAUCCCGGGGAUGGCCCUUCGUUCUUUCCGCAUGGGGUUUCUGGGAUUUGAUCUUUCUCGAAGGAAAUAGCAGAUUUAAACAGCAUUGGUUUUACUUCACGGGUCUUCAAAUUUUUUCCAAACAAAAUUCAGGUGCCUACAUUUUAAGUUCGMAUUACUACCUGCGUAUCUUGUUUUGCAUGAUAAUAGCUGGUAUAGCUCGGAGUCUAAAAGAAACAGUCUUAACACUCUAUUUCGGACGACGAAUGGUUGGUAAGUGAAGGCAAACAGACUCAAAGAAUAGAAAAGAAUUGACCAAUUGGUGGUAUCCUCACAUUGAUUUUUCACCAAAAAAGCUACAUACAAACGAAAAUUGCAGGACAUAGUUGAUGAUGUUCUAGUAAUUUCAGAAGUCGCAGACUUGUCGAUGGUAUCGGAUAAUAUCGCCGACAUAGUUGGAAUCGAUCUGGGAAACAGUAAUGCUCCAGAAUCAAGAGAUAAUUCUCGAAAAGGACGAGAAUUUAGCGUGAUUCGUUGGUCUGAUAUUCAGUUUGAUGAAGAAGAUUUAAGUGACGAAGAUUCUUUAACCAACGAGAUGGCAUCGCAAGGCGAGACUCCAAGUCAAGACGGAAGGUCGAAAAAAAUAGAAACAGAAUUUUACAAUCAGGGUAAACCUACCCAAACACUCCAGGGCCAGAAGUUUUAUGGUUCAAGCACUCGAUUUGCGAUGAAAAGUCUCCUAGACAAAUGGGAAGAGCCAAUUAACAAGGGCUUAAAAGUCAGUACCAAGUUUUUAUUCAAUUUGGCGUUUUUCAACUGAUAUCGUUAUCUAAUACUUGUUUAUUUUUCUCGCUCUCAGUCACAAGAUUUAUUCACAGCUGAUAUACUUAGAUUCAGUGAUGCCCUUCAUUACAUGGAUCUCGAUUAUCCGUUUAACGAAUCUUUUGGGCUAGCAUCUACACGAAAUGAAAUGAUUAGUUCCGCUGAAUUGGUUUACAAACGGUUGAAGAUGCUUUCCCCAGAUUCUGUUGUCCUCAACUUUUCGGCGUUUGAGUUUUUAUUGAUUCAAGAAGACGGGAGUGAAGACGAGAUUAAGAAAAAGAAGCUUGUAAAUACGUUCCACCCAGAUCCAGAUGGGGCCAUUGAUCUUCUCUCUUUUGUUCAAGCUUGUGAUACGGUGUAUCGAAAAUUGCGUUUUUUCCGAGCUUCAGUUGGCAACUCAAGUGUGAUCGACUCUGUGUUGAAAUCGAUCAUCAAUCCUGUUUUCUAUUUUCUUCUUGUGACGAUCCUUCUAAUGAUACUAGAAUUCAAUCCAAUGUCAAUGCUGGUACCAUUAUCGUCAUUGCUCUUGGCCGGAUCUUUUGCAUUUGGGUCAACCUGUGCAAAAGCUUUUGAGGUACGUAAGAUUUUUGGUUUGAAAUGGAAAAUGCUUUCAUCUGAAAGAAAAUCUCACAACGAAACUCAUGGAUACUUUUUCAGGGCAUCAUGCUGAUUGUCGGGAGAAGGUAAGUGGACUUUUCUUCUCAUCUUGCUUCUACAACAAGCUGCAUUUAAUUUUCCCAUGAAGGUGACAGAUGCUGAUAUGCUUUUGAACGGAUCGUUUUCAUCAUUUCGUUUCCACAAGACCGUAUGGUACGUUAGUAUCGACAAAAAUAGAAUUAUUACUAAGAAUUCAACCAUUACUCCAAAUCGCUCAUCACUGGGAGUUUUGCACUUUUUUCAAUUCAUUUAAUUUAGCGAUUGGUGACAGAAUAGUGAUUCAAGAUUCUGCCGGUGCUGAUGCACCCGAGAUGACAAUGUCUUGGAUUGUUGAAGGCAAGUGAAGUUAUCUCUCCCAUCAGUUUGUUUUGCUUUUCCGUCCUCAUUGUCCUUUUUUUGUUUGUAGACAUUUCUGUGCUCAGCACAACGUUGCGGUUCGGCGCGACCAAUGAAAUCGCUCAAGUUUCAAAUAGCUCGAUAGCUAGCGCCAGGAUUACCAAUUGCAACCGUUCCGAGAAAGCAACAGUGAGUAUACUAUUGCAUUUUCAUUUGUCAUGCCAUAAAGACAGCAAGACAAUGGAGAAGUUCAGAGAAGGAGUGGAACAAUACGUCCGCGACAAUCGUAAUACUUGGGAUGCACUCUUUUUCUUCAGAUGCGAGAAUGUCGACGCCAAUAGGGAAGAAGUUGUAUACAGGCUUUCGGUUCGUUCGAUACACCCCUGGCAAGUCUCCAACCGUGUCUACAGAGAUCGUGGAGAACUCCACCAGUUUUGCAAUGCUCUUUCGUAUAAACUUGACAUAAAUUACGAAGUACCAAACCAGAGAAGCAUUAUGUAUUACGGUGGUCAUCUUGAAAAUGGAGGCGUACAGGAUUAUAGGUUGAAAGUUCUCAAGAAUUCGAACAUCAAGAACAACGGAGAUUGCAACUUUCUUACACCUGCGAAGACUACAGUGCACAGCAAUGCGUAAUCUGGCUAUAACAGAAAAGAAACGGAUGRCUUUSCAUAUAAAUCGCAACCUGAAAGUUUGCAUCCAGUACGUUCAUAAAUAACGACGAAUUUCAGUUUGUCGCCAAUUAGGGAGAAAUCCUCGACUGACGAAGACAAAACAUAAAAAUUAGUUUYAUCUCGGCAUGUCUCUGUUAAGGCAGAUUCAUAUAACAGAUUGGUUCGCACAUUAAAUGUAUUCAAUAGAA